AUGCCUCUGAGUGACACUACUGCCGAUACGGAUCCGAGUAGUCUUGCCUGCGCCGUUACACAAUGUAUUAAAACUGCCAUCCGGGACGCUCCUGACGAGUUUCUUUCUAUAGAAUUACAAGAAACGAAACGUAUACUGCUUGCGAAGGUAUCUAGAGAACCACUUUACAUAAAGAUUAAAAAUCUAAUCGAGUUUAUUUUCAGACGCAAGUGUUCUUUUAAUCUUAAACCUAACUAUAACUAG